CUAUAUUCCAAACGACACAAAAAUUGAACAUAGCCUUAUCGGGCCAGGGUCCUGGCCCACUCCGUCAAUGAGGAUAUGCUUAUGUGACUUUCCAUUCUAUGGGUGGGCUUCAAACCCGUGCGCUCUAUUUUGGAAUUAUGGUAGCAUCCCCAUUACCCUUUUCAGCAUAUUCCUUGGCACAAAAUCGGUGAAUUCCGUAGACGGGAUAUACUCUACUUUUGUUGCGAGGUUUGUUGAUUUAGAUCCUCUUAUUUUAACUGGACCGGAGGUUGAACCGGAAAAGUUAGUAGUUUAGAGGUUUAGUAGUUAACUGUUACAAAUUCAUUGGUGAAUCGUUGAUAGAAUCUUUCAGGAUAUAUAACAUAUAAGACUUGUAUACUACAAUAAUUUAAUAAUGAAGUUAUCAUUGACCACAAACAAUUUCAAAUUCAUAUAAUCACCAAAAUAUCUCAUAAAUCAUUCAAAGCAUCUCACAGAGAAAAUUUAAUUUCUAAUUCAAAUUAAAAAUUAUGGUGCCAGUCGGUAGUGGACAAUGUAAAUUUGACAACAAGGUUGAAAAAUGUGAAGAGGAAGCAUAUAUAAAAUUAAUAAUAAUGGUUUGAUGGUUUUAGUUUAUAUUAAAGUAUUUUUAAUGUCUUUUUUAUUAAAAUAAUGAACCAAUGGACCAGUUAAAUCUUGGUUGUUCAUCUGGUUUUAUGUUGAACCGUGAAACAGUGUUUGGUCCAUCAAUAACCGUCCAAGCAAUGAACCGGACCGCUAUCAUAACUAGUUUGGUGGUUCUAUUGGCCCGACCGUUGAUCCGGUUCGGUUCUUAGAACAAUGUUCAGACCACAGUUCAUCCUUCAAUGCCUCCCCAGUCCAGUCCUCACCAUGAUCCAUGAAACCGUACCGUAUCGAAGGUUCAACCACAAAAUAUCAGUAUCGAAGGCUAAAUCGGUUGGCGGUAUUUAAUGGUCUAACUAUUGAACUACGGUUAAACCAGAAGUUUAUUGUAAAAUAUCAUAUCAUUAACUUUUCCGGUACAACGGUUUCCAUAAAGGGAGGAGUUACGGUGCUAAUUGUACAAUAGUUAGCACCGUCCUAACCAAGGGAAAAACUACUACUAGUUUGAAUUAGUAGUGAUUUAGCUUAGAUGUUGUAUUGAUUUUAUAAUAAUCCGUAGUGAUUUCGUUAUUUUUAGUAGCGUUUUUUGCUAGUUAUCACGGUGCUUACCCUAUAAUCCCAUCCCUUUCCAUAAACCAUGGUUCCCACACCGUAAAAGGGAUGGAUAUUCACGAUGAAAUUCUUGGUGAAAAAAUGGUAGGCUACAUUAAUUAAUUGAUAAUAACGUUCCAUAGAGUCGAAGGCUCGGCCCAGCUUUUACGAAAACUGUGGGCUUUGGCUUGGGAAAUUCUGGUCUUUGGUAGCAUCGCCGAGUUGAAACUCUUCCUCUGAAUUAACUUAAUUUAUUUUUAUGAUUUAGCUGUCUAGCUAUAAAAGGCGACGUUGGUUGGAUUAUAUGAAGAAAAAGUUAAGACUUGAAGGCUACUCACCUCCCUCUCCCUGCGCUGCACCAGUUCCCGUCCGCCUGCCCUUCAACUCACUCGCCCACUGCCUUGGCCUUUACCUACCGCCGCUUUCUGCUUUGCAAUCAACUAGAAGAAGCAGCCAUGGAUUCCGAUUUCGGCAUUCCCAGAGAACUAUCACCACUUCAGCAACUCCGAUCUCAGUAUCAGCCGGAGCUCCCUCCCUGCCUUCAGGGAACCACUGUGAGGGUGGAAUUUGGAGAUGGUACCACAGCAGCUGAUCCAGCUGGGGCCCACACCAUAAGCCGGUUCUUCCCACACACCUACGGCCAGCCUUUAGCUCACUUCCUUCGGGCAACUGCACAAGUUCCUGAUGCGCAUAUCAUCACUGAACAUCCACCUUACAAGGUCGGACUAGUCUUCUGUGGAAGGCAGUCCCCGGGUGGACAUAACGUCAUAUGGGGUCUUCACAAUGCUCUCAAGACUCAUAAUCCCAAGAGUGUAUUGCUCGGAUUUCUGGGUGGAUCCGAGGGAUUGUUUGCACAAAAAACUCUUGAAAUCACAGACGACGUUCUCACUACCUACAAAAAUCAAGGUGGUUAUGAUUUGCUGGGAAGGACCAAAGAUCAAAUACGAACAACUGAACAAGUUAAUGCUGCAUUGGCUGCCUGCACAGACCUUAAGUUGAAUGCCCUUGUUAUCAUUGGAGGGGUUACAUCAAAUACGGAUGCUGCUCAACUUGCUGAGACAUUUGCUGCUGCGGGGUGCCCAACCAAGGUGGUUGGUGUCCCUGUUACUUUGAAUGGAGAUCUCAAGAAUCAAUUUGUGGAAGCUAAUGUUGGAUUUGAUACAAUUUGCAAGGUAAAUUCCCAGCUGAUCAGCAAUAUGUGUACUGACGCUCUUUCUGCUGAGAAGUACUAUUAUUUUAUUCGGCUAAUGGGUCGUAAAGCUUCUCAUGUUGCCUUGGAGUGCACUCUUCAAUCUCAUCCCAAUAUGGUCAUUCUUGGUGAAGAGGUAGCAGCAUCAAAACUUACUCUUUUUGACAUCAGUAAGCAGAUUUGUGAUGCAGUCCAAGCCAGAGUAGAACAAGAUAAAAACCACGGUGUUAUUCUGCUACCUGAGGGUCUAAUUGAAAGCAUUCCCGAGGUGUAUGCACUACUGAAGGAAAUACAUGGUCUACUCAGGCAGGGGAUUACUGCUGAUAAAAUUUCAUCUCAACUUUCACCGUGGGCAUCUGCUCUGUUUGAGUUUUUGCCAAUAUUUAUCAAGAAGCAGCUGCUUCUUCACCCUGAAUCUGAUGACUCUGCUCAGCUGUCCCAGAUUGAGACAGAGAAACUCUUGGCACAUCUUGUGGAGGUAGAAAUGAACAAGCGCCAGAAAGAAGGCACAUACAAGGGGAAGAAAUUCAAUGCCAUCUGCCACUUUUUUGGUUAUCAGGCUCGUGGAUCUUUACCAUCGAAGUUUGACUGUGACUAUGCCUAUGUUCUUGGCCAUAUCUGCUACCAUAUUCUUGCUGCUGGUCUAAAUGGUUACAUGGCAACUGUUACUAACCUUAAGAACCCUGUGAAUAAAUGGCGUUGUGCUGCUGCCCCAAUCACAGCAAUGUUGACAGUGAAUCGAUGGGCUCAAAGUCCCGGUGCACCUUCAAUUGGAAAACCUGCUAUUCAUCCAGCUACUGUUGACUUGAAUGGCAAGGCAUAUGGGUUGUUGAGACAAAAUGCAGUGAGAUUUUUGUUGGAUGAUCUGUACAGAAACCCGGGACCGCUACAGUUUGACGGUCCAGGGGCAGAUGCCAAAGCUGUGACUCUGUGCGUUGAAGACCAAGAUUACAUGGGCAGAAUCAAGGCACUGCAGGAAUACUUGGAUAAGGUUCGUACCAUAGUGAAGCCAGGUUGUUCGCCUGAAGUUCUGAAGGCUGCUUUGAGUGUAAUGGCUUCAGUGACAGAGGUUCUUACCACCAUGUCAUCAACUCCAUCUAAUGGCCUCAUCACGUUGUAGAGAGACUGUCCUUCCUUGCGGUUCUGUUAUGUAGUUCUCUUUUUCUGCAUUUGGGGUUGGAGUUUUGGAAUUGACUGACUGAAUGAACACUUUUUUUUUUA